AUGAGGAGGAGGAGGAAGAAAAGAAGAAGAGGAAGAAGAAGAAGAAGAAGAAGAAGGGAUUCUUCUCUGUAUACCGGCAAGCUGGCGAACCAUUGGUGGUCUGGCCACCUGGGCCUCCCUGGAGCCGAACCGGUCUCCAUCUCCCCCGGUGCCAAUAACCAGGAGACACCCCCGAAAGAAGGUGAUCCUAGCGGCUGCGCCACUGCUCCCAACGAUGACGAGGAGAGGGAGAACAGCGGCGAGCCAAAGGAGGGCGCCAUCGUGGCCAGCAGCCGCAGGCCCCGUGGCCGCCCUCCGGGUUCCAAGAACAAGCCCAAGCCCCCCAUCUUCGUCACCCGGGACAGCCCCAACUCCCUCCACAGCCACGUCAUGGAGGUCGCAGGUGGUGCCGAUGUCGCCGACUCCAUCGCCCAGUUUGCCCGCCGCCGCCAGCGCGGCGUCUGCGUGCUCAGCGGCGCCGGCGUAGUCGCCAACGUAGGGCUCCGCCAACCGGCUGCUCCGGGUGCUGUGGUUGCCCUCCAUGGCCGCUUCGAGAUCCUGUCCCUCACGGGGACGUUCCUGCCGGGACCUUCACCACCGGGGUCUACCGGGCUGACGGUCUACCUCGCCGGCGGGCAGGGGCAGGUGGUGGGGGGCAGUGUCGUGGGCCCCUUGAUUGCUGCAGGGUCCGUUAUGGUGGUCGCAUCGACGUUCGCAAACGCAUCCUAUGAGAGACUGCCAUUAGAGGAGGAGGAGGGGCCAGGGCAGCUGCCAGGCGGGUCGGCGCUGGGGAUGGCUGGAGGCAGUGGCCAUGGUGGCCUUCCUGACCCCUCGGCUCUGCCCAUCUUCAAUUUGGGCCACGACGCCUUCGCAUGGGCUCAUGCGCGGCCGCCGCCGUACUGAGGGAAGGAGACGGAGCUGACAAGGGAGGAAGCAUGAAUUAUUGGAGGAGGAAUGGAGUCAUGGCCAUCAACACAUGUUGGUGAAUGGAGUGCUCGGGGUGAGGUAGCUCUUAUUUAUGUUUUAUUAAGAAAUAGUCUGUAGAUGUGGUAUUUAAGUGCUGAUCUUUAAGAAGUCUUGUAGUCUUAACAAAAUGCUCAAAGCAAAAUGAUCUGUCAUGAUUGUUUGGAGAUUUUGUUUGCGAUGAAGGGGAUUGUAGGCUACAUUAAGAAAAGUUCUCUAAAGCCUUAAAUUGUGUUGUUGGUCAGUCUGAUAUGAUUUCU